CCGGGGCUCAAAGCGCUGUGAUUCCUCGUCCCGACUUUGUCCCACCCAUCUGAUUCCCACCUUUCCCCCCUCCAUCACACUUCAUCAGGGGUCCCCAACUGUCUUUUGUCGCCCAGUAUGACAUCUCGUCCUGGUCCCGCAGGAGAGCGUGACCAGGAUCACGAACGCAACGAUGGACGCAGCCACGUCUACGGAGCGGCAGGCAGCGCAGUGCCAAGUCGUCUAGCUUCUCCUCCCUACGAGAUCGAUGGCAGUCUACCUCUCUAUGCCAGUCGACCAGACCUGUUUCUCCCUCUGACUGCUGCUGAACAGCAACAGCAACAACAAUCACUCGACGAAAAGGACGGAAGCGCCGGCUCUGGUUCUGGAAGCUCUUCCUCACCUCGUCCAGCAGCGCGACUGGCUGAAUACGAUGGAUAUCCAGCUGAGAAGAAGCUACGAGAGAGGGAAGAGCAGCAGAGCGACAGACAAGACCGAAGGUGCGAUGAUCGUCGUGGUGGUGAGACUGUCAACCGCCAGGGUUCGUCUGCAUCUGCAUACCAGACCGUCCCACGCAUUGCCAUCACCGAUCCGCUCCAUGAGAUGAGGGUACACAACCUCUCUUCUCGCCCCGAGCAAGGUCUGUCGGAGAGAUCCGAUUACCCAUCCAAGGAAAGGAUGAUGGCCAGCAAAGGCGUUACAGAGGGAGACAUUUCACCCAGACCCGGUCUCUCGCGCCAGGCAUCGUCUGCUUCCCUGUCUUCACAAUCCGAAUUCGGCUAUGACGACUUCGACUGGUCGGACGAUGAAGGUGUCGAGGAGAGUCUCAGGCAGGAGCAAAAGGAGGUGAACGCUGCUCGCAAACAGAGAAAUCGUCGUUUGAGCCCCUACAAAGUGCUUCGAUGGCUCUUUGCCAGCUUUCUGGGCAACUUCCUCGUCUCUUGCACUCUCGUCGUUCCUUGCAUUGUCAUGGAGAUCACCUACCGCAACGAAGGCCCUGAUGCAGACAAGAGUCAUCGCGCCUACGUUACUGACAAUGUCUCUGCCUGGACCAUCUGGGCCUCGGUCAACCUCUUCUUGUCUUGGAUCUUACACAUCCUCGUCGAGCUCUUGCCGCGAGCAGCACUGGGAGUUGUUGCCCUCGUUUGGGGAAGAACCAAUCAGGUGGUCCUGACUGCUGCCGAGUACUACAGCGCUCAGAAGGGCUACUUCAAGCCAAUACUGUACGCAGCAUGUGCGUGGGCCUCCUUCGCUAUCAUCUUCAACAGCAUCUUCAAUCUCUACAACAGGACCAAUCCACAGACAGAAAGCAGGGCUUUGUACCUCUACCGCCUCUAUGAGGUCGUGGAGUUCCUCUUCUUCUUCACUCUCACCAUCUGCGUUGAGAAGAUCAUUGUGAAGAACAUUGCCCUCGGGUUUCAUAAGUCUGCUUUUGCAGAACGUAUCGCGGAGGUCACACAAGCACUGGAAACCUUCGAUCACCUGAAGGACUACAGGCCGAAGCUCAAAGAUAGUGGAACAAGUUCUCCCGUAAGAGGAUUCCGUUCGAGGACUCCUAGACCGUCUUCCGUGUAUGGUAUGAGCCAUGAGGAUCCUUCGAGAAGCCGCAGCUUCGCUGGCGUCAAUGCUGAGUAUUCGACAGAGUCCCAGCCUCCUUCGGCGGGACCCAUCGAACCGCAGGACCUAGACACAAGUCUCGAUUCGAGAACGAGCAGCGGAGGCUUCUUCAAGAUUCGUCAUGCCAAGAAGCGAGCACAGAACACCGAUCCGGCCAUGACGGGCGAACCGAAGAGCGCCGCCGGUGCGACGUAUCCACCGCAUGCUCCUAAUGCUGGUGAAGCACAUUCUCGCUCCUCCACCGUCAAGAGCAAGAAGACUGUCUUCGGAGCUGCCAGAGGCAAAGCCAUGCGCUCUUUCAAGAUCAAUGCCAGUGUCGCCAGUAAGCUGGCUCGUGUUGCGAUGAAGGACCCCUUGGCGGUCUUGCAAAGUGACGAAGUCGGCGCAAUUGCCAAUGUCAACUCGCCUGCUCAGGCGAAGAAGCUCGCCAAGACCAUCUUCACUGCCUUCAGGGGUCGCCAUCGUCGAAGCUACCUCAUCCUGUCCGACUUUGAGCCCGCCUACUCAACCCAGGCCGAAGCUAAGACCGCCUUUGCCGUGUUUGACAAGGAUGGCAACGGUGACAUCAGUCAGGCUGAGAUCAAGAAUGUCGUACUGCAGACGUACAAGGAGCGCCGCUUCCUCAUGAAGGCCAUUGGCGACACUAACCACGCCGUCUCUCAGCUGGACACCAUUCUUCUCGUGCUGGCCUUGGUCGUCGUCCUUUUCGAAGCCUUUGCAAUCUUCAAUGUCGACGUCACCCAGACUCUUACUACCUUCUACACACUUGGGAUUGCAUUCGCCUUCAUCUUCAAGGAAUCAGCGCAGAACGUCUUCGACUCUAUCAUCUUCAUCUUCGUCACCCAUGCCAUGGAUACUGGCGAUCGAAUCUGCGUUGGGGAGAGCGUCAUGGUUGUGACCAAGAUGAGCUUGCUCUCCUCCGAGUUCACUCUCGCCGACGGAACGGACCUGUACAUCUCGAACGCGACGCUCUCUGCCCUGAUGAUCAGAAACUACCGACGAUCGGGAUAUCAGUGGGAAAACUUCCUCAUCCAGGUGGACAUUGGGACAACGCUGGAGCAGCUCGAUGCUGUAGAGCGGGAUAUGUGUCACUGGCUUCAGACGGAACCAGACCGACUGUUCGAACCCUCGACGGCUUUGGUACCACAGCACAUCUCCUACAUGACGUACAUCGAAAUCUCCGUCGGUAUGACGCACCGUGCCAAUUACCAGGAUUGGGGCGCCCGCUUCCAGCGCAAGAAUGCCUUUGGAGCCGCUCUGACCUACUACCUCAAGAAGCACGGCGUGAGGUACUACCAGCCUGCACAGCCCAUUGUCUACACUCAGCCUCCUCCUGGCUACAAUGAUGACCAGCACGAAGGGGACGACGGCCAGCAUCGCUCGUCGCGCUUCUCGAGUGAGGAGCACGAAGAGGAGACCUACUUCCUCGACGACUUUAGUGCUCCCGCUGGAGCAACGGCCACUUCGUCUGCCCUUGCGCCUUCGGCUGCUGGAGCAGGUACGUCUGCCUCGAGUGGGGUCAAGAGGCCUAAUUACAUGGGCUUUACGCCGCCCGACGAUGAAGCCAAUGAGGAGAAGGUGCGACAGCGCAAGGUCAAGAACCUCGCUUUGACCAAUCAGGGAGGAGACUCGUAAUGCUGGCUACAGACCGAGGAGCUGUCUGCACUCUCUAUCGCAAAGAUGAUCGACUGGCUCGGUCUGCCCCUGCAAAACUUUAUCGUCGUUUCCCUUCUGGACUUUAUUUGCUUUUAGGAUUUCGUAUCUUCAACAGUCUAGGUGCACUAGAUUUGGGCUCAUCAACGCAAUUCCAUUCUCAUCAAUCAGCGACCUCCAAGUACUCCCACCCCCUAACGACCUGCGUUCUCCUUUCACUUUAGCAUCAGAAUGCCUCCUCGCCUCGCUUCACGAUCUUCUCUUCUCUCUUUCCUUUGCGCUGCCGAAUCAUUGUACACUUUCCUCAUUUCCCGCAAUCUCCCCGCCCGCUCGUCCUACUCAUGCUGGUCAUGAAACGGAGCGGCUGCUACCGAACGUUGUGCUCCCAUGUCCCUUCCAUUGCUCAGCUCUCCUUUGCCGUAUUUCUCAUCUCAUCAAGUAGAAUCAAAUAGAGAAACAUUGAACCAUCACA